AUGGAUGUACCUGUACAACAAGAGAAUUGUGAAACUAAAGCAGCCGCAAGCCCUAAGCAAAUUGCGGUUGAAGGGAGGGAAGAGCUUCAUUUUACCGACUUAUUGGGUCAGAAUUGUCACGAGGUUGACAAUGUGCCAAAGGGAUCGUCAGAAGUAGGGAUUCAAGAAUCUGAACUGAAAAUUUCCGAAGUUCUGGACCAGAAUUCUAAGUGCGAGACUGAAGGAGCUGCAAGCCCUAAACAACCUAUAGGUGAAGGAAGGGAAGAGCUUCAUUUUACUAGCGUUGGCUAUGACUUAUUGGGACAGAAAUAUCAGAAGGUUGAAAAUGCACAAAAGGGAUCGAAAGAGCUUCCGACUCAAGAAUCCCAGUGUAACGGGCUAGAAAGAUUGGAAAUUUCAGAAGUUCUGAACCAGAAUUCUUGUAUUGAACCCCAGACACCGAAGGACUGUAAAUUGGAAUGUGGGACAGUGGUUACUGAGCUAAUAGAGCAGAAAGAGGUGGUUGGAGCUGAGAACAUUAAAAAUAAAAUAGAUUUAAUGGAAGAGACAACUACUGGAUUUAAAGAAGUGGGGCCAACUCCCGGAGAUGUUACCCAGAAUUUCAGCACGGAGCAAAAAGGACUUCUAUUAGAAAAUACGACGUCGUCUGUCGUUGAAAACUUGGAAGGACCUUCUGGCAAUAAGGCAAUAAAUGUUGUUCUUGCUCUUGGGUAUUUUGGGACACCAUGUGGCCGCGCCUCUGUGAAUACUCUUUCUGGACAAGCAGGAGCAAUGGAGAAAGAUGUAAUUAAUGAUUGUAGUCUCUUGAAGGCUGAAGAAGAAGGAACUCCUGUUCAGUUGAGAACGUCAAAGAGUUCGGCGAAUAAUAAGUGGUUUCUGCGUUCAAAAUCACAAGAGAAACCUAAAGCUUCUGAUCCUAAAAACACUGCGGUGGAAGACAAUGCUAAUGGAGAAAAGAAAAGGAGGGGGAGAAAAAAGAAGGAGAUGAAUAAAGGUCCAGCAAAUGAGUUCUCUAGAACAAGGACCCAUCUUAGAUAUCUAUUGCACCGGAUAAGAUAUGAGCAAAACUUGAUUGACGCAUAUUCUGCAGAAGGAUGGAAAAGACAAAGCUUGGAAAAAUUAAAGCCAGAGAAAGAGCUUCAGCGUGCAAAAUCUCAUAUCUUAGAUUACAAAUUGAGAAUAAGAGAUUUAUUUCAACGCCUUGAUCUGUCACUUGCUGUGGGAAAGCUUCCAGCAUCUUUGUUUGACUCUGCAGGGGAGAUCGAUAGUGAAGAUAUUUUCUGCUCGAAAUGUGGCUCUAAGGAUAUAGCAGCUGAUAAUGAUAUUAUUCUUUGUGAUGGUGCAUGUGAACGUGGGUUUCACCAGUUUUGUUUGGAACCACCUCUGCUAAAACAAGACAUUCCUCCAGAUGAUGAAAGCUGGCUAUGCCCUGGAUGUGAUUGUAAAGUUGAUUGCAUUGGUUAUCUUAAUGAUUUCCAAGGAACAAAUCUUUCUGUCAUUGAGAGUUGGGAGAAGAUCUUUCCCGAGGCUGCUGCAUCUGCAUCAGUGAAGAAGCUGGAUGAUGGUUCUGGGUCUUCGUCGGAUGAUUCUGAGGAUGAUGAUUAUGACCCUGAUAAGCCGGAUGCAGUCUUGAAGGUUUCAGGAGAUGAAUUAAGUAAUGACGAAUCUGGAGACCAAUCAAGUUCUGACGAAUCUGAUUACUUAUUGGCAUCUGAUGAUUUGGCGGCUUCUCCUAAUACAAAACAGUAUUUGGGACUUCCUUCUGAUGAUUCAGAAGAUGAUGAUUUUGAUCCCGCUGCUCCAGUUCAAGAUGAGGAGUUGAAGCAGGAUAGUUCAAGUUCUGAUUUCACAUCCGACUCAGAGGAUCUUGGUGCUCUUCUUGAUGACACCGCUGCACCUGAAAUCUCUUCAGUUUUAGGUGCUGAUGAAGAAAAAUCUAAAGCAGGUAAAGUGAAGAGUCAAUCACUAAGAGGCGAGCUCUCGUACCUUUUGGAGACCAGUGAUGCACCUGUGUCUGGCAAAAGACACGUAGAACGGUUGGACUAUAAAAAAUUGAAUGAUGAAACAUAUGGAAAUUCUUCUUCUGAAUCAAGUGAUGAAGAUUUUGAAGAUAUUCCUUCUCAAAAGAGAAGGAAGAUUAACUGUGAAAAAGCAGACAAGGUGUCUCCAGACAAAACUCCAUUAGCUCAAAAUGAAAUGGAUGCCAAUGAUGAAAACCCGACAGAGAGUGAGCAUGGGUCUAAAAGAACUAACAAAAAUGUAAUUGAUAGGGGCACAAUCAAUGCACCUGCUGAAACAGGUUCUGUGGUUGCAAAUGUUAAAAGAUCAGCACCUAAAAGGCUUGGAGAAGCUGUAACACAGAGACUACUUGAAUCUUUCAGACAAAAUCAAUACCCUGAACGAGCUGUGAAAGAGAAUUUGGCAAAGGAAUUAGAGCUCACAAUCCAGCAGGUUACCAAAUGGUUUGAGAAUACCCGUUGGAGCUUUAACCAUAGACCACAAAUGGAAUUGAGGAAAACUGAAACUGAUUCGAAACAAGGAACUUCCUUGAAUCAAGACAAUGAGAAACGACCUGAACUGGAAUCAGAAAGUGUCACCAAGGAUAACUCUUCGAGCGGGGUUUUAAACUUGGUGACUGAGGCUGCCAGUGGAUACAAGUCUGGAAUGCCAAAAUCGAGGAGGAGGGAAAGUAAUACAGAUCAAUCACCAGAUACUCAAAUCCAGGAGCAGAAUAAGUUAGUUGCUUCCCCAUCUUCAGAGGUUCGUAGAAGUAGUAGACUAAAGACAGGAAACAGUGAAUCUGUUGAGUGA